UGGUGUGCUUGCUACUUGCCCCUGCUGAUGGAUGCUUUUGCUGGCAGCCCCCUUGGAUGGCUCUGCGUGGGUGUCACCGUGCUUUUUGGAGUGACUGUGCUCUACAUGACCAAGAGGAACCUGGUGGAGAAAGCAGAUGUGCUGGUCUGGAGGCUCCUGCCAGCUUUGCUGGGGCUGCUGUGCGUGGCCACGCUGGGCACUGGCAGGGGGCUGGUGGUGUUCUGCACCUCGUGCCUCAUCUCCUGCGUGUACCUGGGCGGCAGGGCACUGCUGCCCGUGGGUGACAAAGCUGUGCUCAUCACAGGAAGUGACACUGGGAUUGGACAUGCACUGGCUAAAUACCUGGAUAACUUAGGUUUUAUGGUGUUUGCUGGGGUUUUGAAUAAGGAUGGACCUGGAGCUGAGAAACUGAGACGGACCUGUUCUCAGAGACUCUCUCUGCUGCAGCUGGAUAUAACCAAUGCUACCCAAGUCAAGGAAGCCUAUCUAAAAGUCUCAGAGAAGGUGCAAAAUACAGGGCUCUGGGGAGUUGUGAACAACGCGGGCAUCCUGGGCUUCCCUGCCGACGGAGAGCUGCUCCCCAUGAGCAUGUACAGGCAGUGCAUGGAGGUGAAUUUCUUUGGGGCUGUGGAAGUGUCCAAGACCUUCUUACCGUUACUUCGGAAAUCCCAGGGGAGGCUGGUUAAUGUGUCCAGCAUGGCAGGAGGCAUUCCACUACCGAGGUAUGCUGCAUAUGGUGCAUCAAAAGCAGCUCUGUCCAUGUUUUCUGGAGUAAUGAGGCAAGAGCUUUCCAAAUGGGGAAUUAAAGUUGCUGCAAUUCAUCCAUCAGGCUUCCGAACAGGUAUAGAAGGCACAUCCAGCCUGUGGGAUAAGCAAAUAAAGGAGCUGAUGGAGAACCUCCCAGCACACACAAGGCAAGACUAUGGUGAGGACUACCUCCUGGGGCUGAAGAGCUACUUCCUGCACAUGCCUGCGUACUGCAACGCCGACCUCUCCCCCGUGCUGAACGCUGUCCUACACGCUUUGCUGGCCAAGAGACCACAUGGCUUGUACACCCCUGGCAAAGGGGCUUACAUGUCCCUCUGCAUCUUCUGCUACUUCCCUCUCUGGUUCUAUGACUUUGUCAUUGGUAAGAUGAUGACUACUGAGUCUGUCCCAAGGGCACUGAGAACAUCAGAAUCUGAAAGCAAGAAUCUCUAAGGUAUCCAUCAGCAUUUGUCUUGAUGAGAUAACUGGGAAAAACUCUGUUUUAGGACACUGCUAUUUAUUGUACUGUCUUUGUUAAAUUGCAUUUACACUACCUUGCAAACAGAGGUAAAUCUUUGUGUUAAGAAUAAUGUUCAGGAAAAGCGGUAGAUAAACAGAAAUAGAAAGCUAUCUGGAGGAGGAAUUUUAAUGUUUUCAUGACGUCUUUGUAUCCUGCCUUCUGUGUUAAGGUAUCUCAUGAGGUUAUAUAGUUCCUGUCUGAUUCAAAAAGCACCACCAACACAUAGAUGUAUUAGCUGUUUUUCAAAACCAGACCAAAAAAUCCUUGAAAGUCAAUAACAUUCUUAAAUGUUAGAAGGAGUUGCAUAUAAUCCUAUCACUGGAUAGAUUUAGAAAUGUCAAAUGCAAAUCUUUCUCACUGCAGCUUCAGCCUAACAUGUUUUGGGUUUUCUGUUGUUGGUUUUCUUCUGUUCUGUUGCUGUUGGACCUGAGAAAUGAUUGACCUUUUUUCCCCCAAGUUUUGUGAAGUAUAGUUGUGAUGUUUAUAAUGUGUCCUUUUUGCUAGACUAAGCAACAUAAAUUGGGGGAAAAAAUGAACAAAGAUCAAGACCUUCACAAAGAAACUAUCAGUCUCCAUCCUGCAGUAUUAGAAAUAGUAAUAGUAAGUAAAUCAGCUGCUAAUUUGAUUUGUCUGUCUUGGUCAUUCUGUGCAUUGCCUGUAUAUGCCUGUGCUUCUUUAAUUAUUAGUAAACUCUGAUCUCACUUAUGCUUUUUGUACAAUUCCUUACUUGGUUUCUGGGUUUAUGAAAAACUCACAUUUUUGCCCAUUUCUCCUGGCACCUUCCUGUGUCUCCCUCUGCUUUAGGGAUAGUUUGUGCUCACUCCUCUAAGAUCAGUCAGUGUUCAGGUUAGCUUUACUGGAGUCCAGUGUCCACCUUCUGAUAGACUUUGUCACUCCCCUAAAUUAAUUCUAGGAACAUCAGGUGCUGUCUCUGCGCCCUACACCAUAAAACCCUCACCAAUGCCAAGAGGUUGUGCAGCUCACCUAUACUUUUCCUUCCCCACUCCCUUUUUGCAUUGCCCAUCAUAUCCUCAGGCUUUGAAAGGCUGUGGUAUUUUGAAAGAAAGCCUCAUCCCCCUGAGUUCCAUGGUUUGUCUGUCUGUCCUAUGCCUUUCUUUGACAAGAUGCAUUUCUUUUCUGAUGAUGAAAAAUUAAAUCAUUACAUUCUGCGCUUUAAAUGUAGAUGCACUUUUUUCCUUCCCUUCCUGAGCAACUUCCUCUUCUGUCAUAAUCCUGCUUAUGUGAUGUACUCUUACAGUCAGCUGAACAAAAUCACUAUUUAAUUUGCAUCUCGAUUAUUUCUUCCUGCAUCUUUUACAUUGAUGCAAGAUGCCUGUAAAUGCACAGAGAAUACUCAGCAGACUUGGCCCACCAUUGUAAUUUGUGCCCCAGUGUGGAAAUCUUUCUGUCAUGAUUACUGCUUUUGCUGCUGAGGUUUAUCUCCUUGUGGGUUUAUAUCAGUCCCCUGAUUACAGACUUUUGCCUUCCUUUGAGAAAGUGUGACCAAAAAUGUUUUUCACUCAAAUUCUGGGACAAUUUCUAUCUCUCUACCCAUUUUUUCCUUUAUUUUCCAAAUUUUUUGUCAGCAA